AUGGUUUUCGGGUCAGUCGAGAGAGGCUUGCUCGACCGGUUUGUUUCGUCUACUCGAUCACCCUUCGGAGGGCUCCGGACUAGGCGCCACUCUCUCCUCCUCGCCCUCGCCCUAGCCCUCGCUUUCUCCCUCUCGCUCUCACUCUCCCUGGCUCUCGUCUCCGCCUCCGCUCUUGCCUCGACUUACGCCGCUUUUGCGAGUGCCGCACUCGUCCCGUCGCCUAAACCGGACCAACAGAACGACCGACCAACCCCUUUUCGUCCUCUCCUCACUCCACUCCGUCUCCCAAGCUCCAAUGCACUCGUUUCACCCUCCAUCCAUUGCUCAGCACUCCACUCCACUCCCUUUACGUCCAAGCUUGCCGCAACCUCUAUACACGCAGACACACACACACACGGCGCACUCACUUGGCCCUCAUUCAACCGCCCCCUCUCCACAUCUACUCAACUCGCCAUCGAUUCACCUGCUUGCCCCGCCUCCAGCUCGCCGUCCCAUCGCGCCAGUCUGACUCCAUCUGCCCCCAUUUCCCGGCUGGCAGUGGCACACGUACAAAUGGACACUGCCAAAGGCCUUCUCGCGCUCUCCCGACGCCAGGAGGACGGUGCGCGUGUUGCCGGCCCCACUUGCUACUGCCGCAGAUCGGCCACACGCGCCCCUGCGCCUCACCCCCCCUCCCCUCACUUGCACUGCUAA